AACUGAGACGAUUCGAUCUGAUUUACGACUUGAUGCAUGCUGAUUAAAUUGCGUGAAUUAGUACUGGAAUAUAGCUUAGUUCCUAUCAUACCACAUAGUGGUCCAACCCCCGACCAUCCUUUACAAUGACCGACCCAAACCCAACAUUCAACACAGAGCGCCAUGUUAAAUACUACCUCCGAUGCCUGAAGACCUUCCUCCCGUCCGCCUACACUUCCAAUGACUCCAAUCGCAUGCUUCUCGCCUACCUGACCCUGUCAGGAUUGGACGUGCUUGGGGUUCUCCAGAGCAAAACCACACCGGAGGAAAGACAAGGGUACAUCGACUGGCUCUACCACUGCCAGGUGCCCUCGGGCGGAUUCCGUGGCUUCCCAGGCACGGACUUUGGGCCAGAAAAGCGAAAUAAGGAUAAUGAAGCUUGGGAUCCAGCUAAUGUCCCUGCGACAUUCUUUGCGCUAGUCAACUUGCUCAUCCUCGGGGAUGACCUGUCGCGUGUCAAGCGACGGGAGUGUCUUGAGUGGCUUCCUAAAGUCCAACGCGCCGACGGAAGCUUCGGCGAGCUUGUCGGUCCUGAGGGGAAUGUAGGGGGACCUCGUGAUUUACGAUACUGCUGUUGUGCUGCCGGCAUACGGUAUGUCCUGCGCGGGCGGAGUGAGACGGGGCUUGAUGGUGUACCGGAUAUUGAUGUCCUGGGUUUUGUUUCUUUUAUCGAGGCGUGUCAGACGUACGACGGCGGGAUGGCUGAGUCUCCUUUCUGUGAAUCGCAUAGUGGACAUACGUAUUGCGCCGUUUCGUCUCUAGACUUCAUACGCCGGACGUCUAAUGAUGUAAAAUCACUACCCCUACUAUCGGCAGGCUCUAAUCAAUUCGAGGCUUUAAUUACAUGGCUAGCUUCAAGACAAACAGCCCAGCUGGAGGAACCUGAGGAAGACGAAGACGAUGAAGAGCUUGAGGUGACAAAGACGGGAUCUCUCGAUGAUAGAGUCCGCAAGUUACCCAAUGUUCAACCCCUCGGGGCCAACACAAUACCAUGCGCCGGAUUCAAUGGCCGAUGCAACAAAUAUGCAGACACAUGCUAUUCAUUCUGGAACGGAGCGACACUGGUGAUGCUGGACCAGUAUUCCGUGGUCGAUGAAGUUCGCAAUCGUCGAUACUUGCUGGAAAAGACUCAACAUCUUGUCGGUGGGUUUGGGAAGGGGCCCGGGGAUCCUCCUGAUCUUCUUCACUCAUACUUUGGCAUGGUGUCCCUGGCUUUCCAAGGUGAGGCGGGACUCAGCCCCGUCGAUCCCACGAUGGGUUCUAGUGAACGCACAGUCCGACAUCUUGAAUCGCUGCCUUGGUGGCAAUCAUGAAGUAUAAAAUACCCGUGCAUGUAAUAUGACGAUUGUUGUUCAGCCAUUCCACCAAUUGGCUCAUGUCAGCAUGCAUCAGCCAAUAGGUGCAGUCCACUAAAUUAAUUGGGCGUCGGUGUACAUCGUACGUUGUACAUGUACUGUCCACAAGUAAGGGUUGAAUCUUAGGCAGUAAGGUAUUAAGUGACAUACCUACCUAGGUACACGGGUUUGCUAACAAUAUCGCAUUAUGAACAGUGUCAGGAGAUUCCUAGAUAGUAACGGAGUCCGGAAUAGUUAAUUUGGCUGAAAUAUAUAAUGUAUGUUGUAUAUUGUACACAAAGAU